UGCUGAAUCAGAAUAUUUUAUGCUUUAUAAUCGAAUUAAAAUGUUGUAUUUGUGUUGUGAUCGAGAUUAAUAAUCGUGUGAUGUCAUUACCUAGGCUCUUUUGCGCUUUCCAAUCAUUUAAUUUUGGUGAAAAACGAGUUAGUGUACUCAUUGUUCUGCUGUUGAAAAUCGGAGAAAUAGACUCUAAAAGAACGUAGAAUAAAUUUCAGAUACUUCAAUAAAAAUGUCCCGUGAUUCGAGUUUCGACAAUGUCGACGGUGAAGUAUGUGACUGGAGAUACUCACUGUCAGCUUCCGACUACGAGAGAAGCAGAGGACGAGGAAGAGUGAUUAUGGAUGUAAAUUAUAUUAACAAAUUGAAGUUGGCAUCGGAAGUCAUUGGAAUUCAGGAAAAAGUGACACCUCUGGGAUACAUGCCAACAACGCAGGAGAUGUUAAAUUAUAAAGAUGCAAAUGAAAUAACUCCAUUACUGAGGCAAUUGGGAAUAAGUGGGCAGGGUGAAGAUAUAAGCAGCCGUAAAACGAGGAAAGUUGCUGUACAAGACGGUGAUAUUCGCAUAGAGGGUAAUGUACCAAUAAUCUUGAACAGUGAGUUGUUUGCAAUGAUAAAUAAAGAUAACAUGAGAAUAAACUCUUAUGACAAUGAAACUGCUGAAGAGGAUGUUGAAUCGUAUGAUCCUAACCUGCCUCUUCAUGAGCAGUUCACAACAAUCAAAGAAUUUGCGGUGCCAGUGAAACAAACCAAGAAGGAACUGAAAAAGUCAACAGCAUCGAAUUUCAGUGCUCCGAAAACUCCUGAAUCAUUGAAUAGUACCUCAACGACGUCGGAAACAAUCUCGUCCCUAUCAUCUUCGGUUUGCGACGAUAGUUCUUCCAGCUCAAACAACUCCAUGUUGACGACUGAAAGUGGCAGCGAUGAAGAUUCGAAUGAUGAAAUGUUCCAACCGCUACUGGAGGCGAAACAGAAACUCUACACACCGCGACAGCUGUAUGAGCUGAAGAAGCUGCACCUGAAGCAAAGUCUUUCAAAAGGUUACAGCCAUCAUCCACUGGUUGAGACGCAAUCUCAACCUAUCUCAUUGGAGUCUUGCAAAACCGUCAAAUAAAUCAUUUCCAACGAGUGAAAGAUGAUUAUAGUUUAACAAAUAAAAAUAAUAAUAUAUGUAUAUGUAUUCAAUUUCCAUAAACUCGGCAUUAAGGUUAUUAUUUAUUGUAAUUUUGCUAAAAUAAACUGCGAAACAUUGAUGAAGUAAAAUGCUACAUUCAUAUAAAGAUCAAUGCUUAACAGGUAAGAAUUGCACCAGAAAUCCGUCGAAUGAACAUUUGCGAAGAGAGAACGAAUGUAAUGUGCAUGUAAAAUUCCACAAUAUACAGUCAAAAAAAAAGGCUGCAUCUGGAUACCAAUCUGCCUGCUAUCUUUUUAUUUAAAAUAAAUUCUCUUCACAACGGUAAAUCAUCCUCUAAAACUUUCUGAAGAAUUGGAUAAAGU